UAUCCAGUAUCACUCUGGAGGCUGUAAGCUGGAUCACCGACAGUUUGUACUGAUCUAUCCUUGAGUAACAACUUGGUUUUGUAUUGUCCCUUUGAAUUGACAUUCGUUCACAAAGUCCGGUGUGAAAUGAUUCACAAGCUUUAGCUUUAGUAAUGGCGUGUUGAACGCUGAAGAUUUCUUUAUUGUCAGGUUUUGUUUUCAGUUAGAGGUGGGGAUUAGUCAGUGAGUGUUUUGGUUUUGUUAUUUUUGUUUAACAUCGCUCAUUUUCUUUCUCUCUGUGGCUUAUUUCAAUUUAUUAUUUUUCUUUUCUUUUUGCUUAAUUGUAUAUAGUUGUAAAUAAGGAUUUUGUUUGUGUGUUUUCAUUUUUGUAAAUUAUAUUUCCUUGUAAAUAAAGCGAACCACUUGCAGUUAUCUCGGUACAGUUACAACAGUACUCCCCAGAGACCAAAAUUAUAAGAGAGUGUUUAAAUUUUAUUAUGUACGUCUUCUUCAUACCUCUAUGCCAACAGGGGAUGUAACAGUGACAAUACAUUGUGACCAUGCAUGUUCCACUAGCUUUAUAGGCUUUUUAGCCAUUAAAAUGUUUUUGACUAUUAAAGGUGUCAGCAAAUUACACAGGAGUGUGAUAUGCCAUAAUAAUGUGCAAUUUCCCUCUGUGGGAACAGCAGUUCUAUAUGCAUAGGCAUAAAGUUUUACCAUUAAGCUCCCAUGAGAGAAAUAUUAACAUUGCUGAUUUACACAAAGUGACAUAUCUCUGCACAAAAAAAGGCACAUUUAACCUAUAUUAAAGGUUAUUAGGGAAAAAAAGUUUGGUUUCAAAUUAAUAUUUAUCUUGAACACAAAGACAUGUUUUUAAUUGUAUGUUUUUAUUUGGCAAGCGUCCUCUGAAUUUCAUGUAUCUAAUGUAUAUGAGUUUUUUUUUUUUUUUUUGGACCUUGAAAGUUUGGACCUUGAAAAUGGUGGAAAAAUCUUAAAGACUGAAUUGAAUUUCAAUUUGAGAUCAUAUGGUGUCAGAGUUAGGGGGAACAAAUGUAAAUGUACGUAUUAUGGUGCCAUCUACAAUUUAAACUAUAAGGUUCCAGCACCUUUUUAUGCCCUUUGACCCCUAAAUAUCUAGUUGCGCUGCUCUUUCUUCCAUAAUGAGUAAAUGAUUCAAUAUGCCAACCCCAAAGCAUUCAAAGUCUCAAUAAAAGGUGACACUUUCCCUGUAAUGCCUCAGAGGUUCCCAAUCUGCAUACAUAUUAGCAUGGCAAAGAGGACUGUGUCUCUGCUGCUAGUGCUGCUACAUGGGAUCUGUGUAAUAGCUUCAGCACAGGUCUGCAGACUGCUUGGUCAGCCUGCCCUUCCUCUACUCUCUGCAGAAAGAGACAUCAACAUUGGAGCGAUUUUCACAAUCCACAGAAAUGCUCUUCUAAAGAUGCAUCCUUUCACUUCCAAACCAGAGCCAAUAAAAUGCAUCAGCUUGAACUUGCGUGAAUUCAAAUUUGCUCAGACACUGAUUUUUGCUAUUGAGGAGAUUAAUAACAGCACACAACUGUUGCCUGGUGUUUCUUUGGGAUAUAAGAUAUACGACUCCUGUGGCUCUAUAGCUCAUGCUGUCCUCUCAGGCAUGGCAUUGAUGAACGGUUAUGAAGAAACUUUGAGUGACACAUCCUGCUUUAGACCACCAGCUGUUCAUGCCAUUAUUGGAGAGUCAACAUCCUCUCCCACCAUUGGAUUGGCAUCUGUCGCUGGCCCAUUCAGCUUACCUGUUAUCAGUCAUUUUGCCACAUGUGCAUGUCUGAGUAACAGAAAAAAGUAUCCAACCUUCUUCAGAACAAUACCCAGUGAUUAUUACCAAAGUAGAGCACUGGCUCAGCUUGUCAAGCACUUUGGCUGGACUUGGGUUGGGACUGUCAGGAGUCGCAGUGACUAUGGCAAUAAUGGUAUUGUAGCAUUUGAGGAGGCUGCAAAACAAGAGGGGAUUUGUAUUGAAUACUCAGAGGCCAUAUUUCGAACUGAUCCAGAAGAGCAGAUUCUGAAGACACUGGAAGUAAUAAAAAAGGGCACUGCCAGAGUGGUGCUGGCUUUUAUUGCACUAGGAGAUUUUGUCCCCCUUGUGAAAGUAAUUGCGCAACAUAACAUCACAGGGUUGCAGUGGGUUGGCAGUGAAUCCUGGAUCACUUCUCGAACUCUUGCAGAAACAAAGGAAUACAGUUUCCUUUCUGGAGCUGUGGGCUUUGCUGUAGCAAAUGCCAAACUUGUGGGCCUGCGAGAGUUCCUAGUGAAUGUGCACCCCGAUCAAGAACCAAACAAUGAACUGUUAAAAGAAUUCUGGGAAACAGCUUUUCAGUGCUCUUUCAUGAGCAGUGGCGGUUGUACUGGCUCAGAGAGACUGGCUGAGCAGCAAAAUGAAUAUACUGAUGUAUCAGAGCUACGAAUAGCAAAUAAAGUGUACACUGCAGUGUAUUCUGUCGCUCAUGCACUACAUAACGUAUUAAAAGACUUAAAAUCCUCCACCAUCAACAGCAAAAGGGAAUGGCCCACAACACAAAAGGUGUUGGAGUAUAUGAGAGAUGUGAGAUUCACUGUUAAAACAGGUGAAGAAAUUUUCUUUGAUGCAAAUGGUGAUCCAGUGGCGAGAUAUGACCUGGUGAACUGGCAGCCUGCUGAGGAUGGAAGUCUACAGUUUAGACAUGUGGGAUCUUUUGAAAGUUCACUGCCUUCAGAGCAAUAUCAACAUCUUCAAGUUAAUAAGGAACACAUGUUAUGGGCAGGGAACAGUGGACAGUUGCCUGUGUCCAUGUGCAGUGAGAGCUGCCCUCCAGGCACUAGGAAAGCUGUGCAAAAAGGACGACCUGUUUGCUGUUAUGACUGCAUUCCAUGUGCAGAGGGAGAAAUCAGUAAUGGCACAGAUUCUAGUGACUGCUUUCCUUGUGAUUUGGAGUACUGGUCGAAUGAAAGCAAAGACAGAUGUGUAUUAAAAGUGGUUGAAUUCCUUUCCUAUACAGAAAUCAUGGGGAUGGUGCUUUGUAUUUUCUCCUUCACUGGGGUGUUAUUAACAGCAUUUGUGUCUUUUCUGUUUUAUCUUCAUAAAGAAACACCUAUUGUCAGAGCCAACAACUCAGAGCUGAGCUUCCUGCUGCUCUUUUCAUUGACUCUGUGUUUCCUCUGUUCACUUACUUUCAUUGGUCGGCCCACUGAGUGGUCCUGUAUGUUGCGUCACACAGCAUUUGGGAUCACAUUUGUCCUCUGUAUCUCCUGUGUUCUGGGCAAAACAAUAGUUGUGUUAAUGGCCUUCAGGGCUACACUUCCAGGAAGAAAUAUCAUGAAAUGGUUUGGACCUGCACAACAACGACUUAGUGUUGUUUGUUUAACAUUAAUACAGGUGAUUAUAUGUGUACUUUGGUUAACAAUAUCCCCUCCUUUUCCAUAUAUGAACUCGAGCUAUUACAGAGAAAAGAUCAUCCUUGAAUGUAACUUAGGUUCAGCUCUAGGUUUCUGGGCUGUUCUGGGUUAUACUGGCCUGCUAUCAGUCUUGUGUUUUGUUUUAGCUUUUCUGGCUCGGAAGCUCCCUGAUAACUUCAAUGAAGCCAAGUUCAUCACAUUCAGUAUGCUUAUAUUUUGUGCUGUCUGGCUCACAUUUAUCCCAGCUUAUGUCAGUUCUCCUGGAAAAUUUACUGUAGCUGUGCAGAUAUUUGCUAUUUUAGCAUCAAGUUGUGGUUUAUUAUUUUGCAUAUUUGCUCCCAAAUGUUACAUAAUUUUGCUAAAACCAGAGAAGAACACAAAGAAACAAAUGAUGGGUAAAUCUUCAUCUAAAGUGCUUUGA